UCGUUCAGCUUCAUGGCGAAAUUAAAACAACAACAGCUGUGAACUAGAGAUAGUUAUAAUGGUGAGCUUAACUUAACACAAGAACCUACCUGCCAACAAAAUUCUCCAAGACUGAGCUUUUCCCAGCGCUCUGUCCACCGACCACAGCAAUCUGAGGAAGGUCCAAAUUGCAACUUUGGCCAAUGGAGCUGAAAGCGUCUUGAAGCUUGUUGAUCAGGGGAAUCAGGUCUUCCAUGCCCCGGUUCCCCAUGGCUUCGUUAGCUCCGAGAGCCCCUUCAACAGAACGCAGACCAGAGGCUAACGCUAGCCACGCUAACUAUAUAGGUAACGUUAGCUUAGCAAGCAAGGUGCUCUCGGGUUACUCUGAAGUGUUGAGUUCUGCCGCUGCAACAGCUCGGGCUUCUCUGCUCCCCUUAACAACUCGUGCGUUCACCGCUUAUGCGAUUUACCCAACUAUCAUUCCGUGUUCUAUAGAAGCGCUUUGGACAGAUACUCAGUCAGUCGAAUCAGACGGAAAACUCGCAAAACAAAACUUCCUCUACGCGAACGCCAUCCGGUCCGGCCAAACGACAUCCGAUCGAAACCGGUGAAAAAAGACCCGCCUCCUGUCUACAGAACCAGGUUGUCUAUGGCUGAUUUUGUUGCCUAUCCGUAAAGCUCACAUUCUGAUUGGAUAUCAAAAAGGCGUGUUCUUCAAUCUGAACGAACACCUCGUUCCUGAUUGGUCAGUACGAUUAUCAGUUCAAGCUAGUCAGGUCACAUGUUCACUGCAACAUGGCUGCCACCACAGAGUGCGGGGCUGCUUCAGAAAACAACAUGUCACUAAAGAAAGCUGUCUCUGCAGCGUCUCCUCUUACUCUGCGAAUCGUUGCUGAAUGCCCAGUGACAAAAGCAAGAGCUUGUGAUUUAAUACUUCCGCACAGUGCCGUCAGCACCCCUGUUUUUAUGCCUGUGGGUACCCAGGGUACUCUGAAAGGAAUCACUGUGGAUCAGCUGGAGGGUCUCGGAUGUCAGAUCUGUCUAGGAAACACAUACCACCUGGGAAUGAGACCGGGACCUGAACUAAUCGAGAAAGCGAACGGGUUGCAUGGGUUUAUGAACUGGAAGAGGAACCUUUUGACUGACAGUGGGGGGUUUCAGAUGGUGUCUCUUGUUGAACUCUCAGAGGUAACUGAGGAGGGGGUAAAGUUCAAGUCCCCUUACGAUGGGAAAGAGAUCCUCCUGAGUCCUGAGAAGUCCAUCUGCAUACAGAACAGUCUUGGGUCUGACAUCAUGAUGCAGCUGGACGAUGUGGUCAGUAGUACAGUAACAGGACCUCGGGUAGAAGAGGCAAUGCACAGAUCAAUUCGCUGGCUUGACCGCUGCAUGGCAGCCAAUAAGAAUCCGGAAAUACAGAAUCUAUUUGCCAUCAUCCAAGGAGGGCUGAAUGCAGAGCUGCGCAAGGCCUGCUUAGAUGAGAUGACUCAGCGAGAUGUUCCUGGUUUUGCGAUCGGUGGCCUGAGCGGAGGAGAGGAGAAAGAUGACUUCUGGAGAAUGGUUACACUGAGCACUGACCACCUGCCACGGGAAAAGCCUCGCUACCUUAUGGGUGUGGGGUACGCUGUGGACUUGGUGGUGUGUGUCGCUCUGGGAUGUGAUAUGUUUGACUGCGUGUUUCCUACCCGCACUGCAAGGUUUGGCUCAGCCUUGGUGCCUUGGGGAUCUCUCCAGGUAAAACAAAAGCAGUAUGCAAAGGACUUCCAGCCCAUAGACCCGGACUGCCAGUGUCCUACCUGCAAAAAACAUAGUCGAGCUUAUCUUCAUGCUCUUUUUAAGAGCGACACUGCAGCCAUGCAUCACAUCACCAUCCACAACAUUGCCUACCAGCUUACCCUGAUGCGCUCCGUUAGACAGAGCAUUGUGGAAGGCUGUUUUCCUGAGUUUAUACGGACAUUUAUGAAGCGGAUGUUUCCCUCUCCUGACCAGUACCCCAGCUGGGCUGUGGACGCUCUAGCCUCAGUCAACAUUACUUUGGAAUAGAGCCUGGAAGGCGACUGCCUGCUCUAAAUGGAGACAAUGUCAGUGACUGAAAUAUUUUAUAUCUUUUAAAGAGCCUGCUUUUUUUAAUGUAUGAUGGUUUUCUACUCUUUGUUUAUACUUCUUGAUGUGUUGCCACUUUUGUUGGCAAUGAGGAAAAUGGCUUUUGAACUGAGGGAUAAAGCUGAAUUGUCUUUUGCAUCAACCUGCUGUACACAACCUCUGCAGAUUGUACUCAGAGAACACAUUAUGAUAAUGUGGGACUGAAUGGGGUUCAAAUUAGGUUUGAAGCACAUGAACUGCCUCCUCUGAUAUGCUCAGACACUUUUUGUUGUUACCAUGGCUACCCAGCUAGGCCCACCCAUUCAAAAUGAAAUGUUUUGCCUUCCUGAAAAUCUCUUUGUAACAUUAUGCGCCUAAGGGCAUUACUGGGAUAUUCCAUUAUUCCCAGGCACAUAAUAAAUGACUUGUAUGCUGGUGUUUUAA